AUGGAGGAUCUGAUUGUUAGCGCAGCAGUUAGCGCACUCGCUCCUCACCAGGGCGACUCAGGUUCGACUCCCAGCUUGGGCGCAUGUAAAGAAACUGGAUGUCCUCGCGCGUUCCAGUGUGCCGGUCGUCAUGGAGCCUGUAUCAACGCAGGAAAGGUCUGUGAUGGCAGCAUGGACUGUCCAGGUGGAGAAGAUGAAACGAACUGCCCCCCCAACUGCCACCAUAUUAAAAUGACGCCCUGUACGGACCGGAAGUCGUGUGGACGGCCAUGUGACGGCAAGCCUGACUGCCCGGAUAUGAGUGACGAAAUUUUCUGUCCUGCUGAAUGCAAAUGCGGGGAGGGAUUCUACAUGUGUGAAGAAGAUAAGAAGUGCAUCCCUGUCGACCAAGUCUGUAACAAUGAAUCUGAUUGUAUGCUGGGCGACGACGAGGCCAAGUGCCCUCCCGGCUGCAAGUGUAACCCAGGGGACUACAUAUGUCUUGGUGGAAGUAAGUGCAUCCCUCGAGCUGAGUUUUGUGAAGAGCAAGGGGACACAGAUCCGGCAGAUGCAGACUGCCAGAUGGGAGACGAUGAAAACACCGGCUUCUGCAAUUAUCCGAUUGGUCCAUAG